AUGGUGGUUUUAGUUGAUCUGGACGACGAUGAACCGACCUCAUUAGAGAAUCCCCACCCGUCUUCUGGCCGGUUUAACGCUAAGCCGUUGUAUCACUCUCUUGAUGCGCCGACAGAAGGGAGCGUGACGGCGGGCUACGAGAGGCCGAACCCGAAUAUCAAUGGAUUCAGCCAGGCACUGAGCUGCUAUCCAAUAGUCAGCCAGCUCGCCGCUCAGCUCGACCUCAACACGCUGCAUGACCUCUCGCGCACUUGCAGGCAGUUCCGCGCCAACCUACUCGAGUAUCGCAGCCAACUUGUCAAGCACACACUUCAUUGCGAGAACGAAGACGGCGAACUCGGCGAGAAGCUGGAGUCGCGACUGCAAGAGGGGCGACACGGUAUGGUCCUGGAGAAUAGACUGACGACUGGUCGCGUCGGGAAGUGCGCACGCGACAUGGUGGGCGACUGCCAGCGGUGUGGAGAUAUCGUUUGCCGAAACUGCACAAUGAAACCUCCACCAACGCCUACACUUCGCGCGCGCCAUCGUCGACUAUGCCGGACAUGCGCCAAGGCGCCCCUCCCGCUGCUGAUGGCUGUACAAAAGCAGCGCACGUCGUCAAUGUCGUCGUCGUCGCCACCUGGGUCCCCCGACACACAUCCAGUGCUCUUUGACGGUGACGAACCGAGAGCCUUCACAGCCCCAGCUUUCGAACGUACGCCCUGCAAUUGCGACAAUGUGGUCUGGCUUUGCGCGCCAUGUGGCAAGGACCUGCGAAAUGCAGACACCCACUAUGUCCGCGGUUGGAGCUACCGCACGACGUACACUCGCAUGCUGGGCGGCUUAGGCGUUGGGUUUGGCGAGGGUAUCGAGGGCGUAGAGUGUGGGCGAGGCAGUGCGUGCUUGGGUUCACGUAUUGUCGAGCACGAGACCUGCGAGCAGAACCUCUUGGACACUAUCGAGAGAUCGCAAACUCCAGAGUCGCCCGAACGCUGGAGGGGUUCUUGCUACCUCACUCAGGAGAUUGAAGGCAUUGGCGGGGUACUAAAAGUCAAACACAAGAAACAGGUGCGCGUUGGAGAGUGUGUCAAGCUAUACGAAGAUGAGAAGACCAAGUCGAUCCAAUAUCUCGAGCGCGAGGUCAAAGGUGAGCUCAGAAGCUGGUGCUCCUGGUGUGAGCGUGUCGUCCGGAGUAAGAAGGACGAGGCCGAGGUUGCUGGCAACAGACCCACGUCAAGUGGCUCAAGCUCAUCUUCGUCUAGCAAGCGAAAAUCCUCGUACUAG